GGUUCAGGGUUAGAGGAGCAGAGGAACUCCGAUCAUAUCAGAGGAGAGAGCUGGAGUCUCCAGCGGCUGUCACAUUUACAGCAAUCGCGAAGGAGGGAAAAGAACGAAGCUUUGCCUUGCUUUGUUUGGAGGCGACAGGAAAGCAGUUAAACCCCCCUUUCCCAGCUAAACAGCCGAAAACAAGUCCAGAUGUUUCAAGUCUGAGGGUCGCUGUCAUACGAGACCAUACCAGAGGACUCUUCAUCCAAGAUCUUGCCUCAUAUAUAUAUGUAUAUAGGGUAUAUAUUUUUUAAAAAAAAAGCUUUUAAUGUACUUUGAUAUUUGUAAUCACUUUUUCCUUCAGUUUUAAGGAAAACGGUAUUUUUCCUCCUGAGGACUUUGUGACAACUCUGGCUGGUGAGAAUGGGGUUGAAGUCUGUAGUUGGACAUCUUGUCUGGAGUUUGUUUAUCCUUUGGAAUGUUUGUGACUGUGUUCAAACUCAUCAGGACGCGAAUCACCCGCGAGGCGCUGAGACCGUAAUCAACCUCUUGAAGGCUCUAAAUGUCACUCACUCUCAACGGUUGGUAUCUAAGGCCAAAGGUCGUGACCCAGAGAUGCCGGCCUGGCGUUUCCGUUCCCGCACGCCUCAACUCACGCUACCCCAGGACUUAUCCGACUACCUCUUUAGCACCUCACAGGGCGUCCUGGGUUUGCACCUAGUGGGACGGCAAACCAAAGGCUCGGAGGCCACUCUCAUCUCCUUCGUCUACCCUUCCCACCUGCAGCAUGAUGGACGCCCCCUGCUGGAGCUUGUCUCCAACACCCAAGAAAACUGGCUGCAGUUGGAGUUCAGGUCAGUGAAUGGCCAGCCGGAGGUGAUUAAGCUGCCGGGUGGGAAUCCGUUCAUAGCCGGUGGUUGGGUGAGGAUGGCUCUGAGUGUGGAGCCCAGACAGGUGGUGAUGUUUUUGGAAUGCGAUGAGGCUGUGGUGCUCAAACUGAAAGAAGGUGGACGAAUCCUGACUCUAGACUUCCCACAUGAUCUGCAGGUUACGUUCUCCAGCACUGCAGGAAAUAAGGCUAGCAAGUUCAACGGUAUUUGGCAGACUGCUGAACUCUCCACAAGGGCAUAUGAGAGGCGUCCAUGGAUCUGUGACAAUUUAACAGACUCCCUUCCUGACACAGUCCAAAUGACCAGUUCCACCGUAUCGACAGUCUCAGACCUGGAUAUGAUGCAAGACCAGGGAGGCCGUGGAGAUGAAGUAGCAAUAACUCAAAGAUACCCCAGUGAUUCAGACUUGCGUUUUAAUGUACUGGAGAGAAACCUGCAUAGCAUGAUGACCAUGCUGGACAUGCUAAAGAAACAGAACACUGACCUGCAAGCGAGGAUUGAUCACUUGGAAACAUGUGAGUGUUCGAAACGAAAAUGUGUUUAUGAAGAACGUCAGGUGGAUGAGGGGUAUCGCUGGUCUCCUGACAGCCGCACUACCUGUUCCUGCACCAAUGGACAAAUUCAGUGUGACCGCUUAAAUGAAUGCAGCUUUCAUGGCAGUAUCUACAAUAAUGGUGAAGUCUUCAGCCCAGACGACUGCAACCGGUGUACGUGUGAGCAUGGAAGAGUAGAAUGUAAUGUGAAUCCAUGCCCAUCACAGUCCUGUGAGGUACCGUCUGUUCCUAAAAGCCCAUGCUGCCGUGACUGCCAAACAAAAUGUAAACAUGAAGGUCAAAUCCAUGUGAACGGUGAUGUGUUUGUGUCGAGAUCAAACCCUUGCCUCAACUGCAAAUGCUCUAACAGUCAGGUGUCGUGUAAUCCCAUUCAGUGUCCAACCACGCCGUGUCCCAACCCCUACAAGAGACCUGGGGAGUGCUGCCCUACCUGCUCUGCAUGUGAUGUGGACGGUCGACCAUACAACGGCUCUUUCAGCACCGUUGAUGGCUGCCAGACCUGUACAUGUCAGGGUGGGAAUCAGGCAUGUGUAGAUGUGCAACAGUGUCCUCAGACGUGUCAAGAUGGUGUGAAGCCACCGUUUGGCUCCUGCUGCAGAGAUUGUUCCCGCUGUAACUUUGAUGGGCAAGUUGUCCUAAAUGGCAUCUCUUUUCAACCCACACGUGACCCCUGCAAACGCUGUGUGUGCAAUGCAGGGAAUAUAGUCUGUGCCACUCAGUCGUGUCCUACACCUCCUUGUCGUUUGGUGGAGACUGUAGGUGGGCAGUGCUGUCCCAGGUGUCGAAGUUGUGUCCAGGACAAUGUGUGGCACCUGCACGGCUCUCAGUGGACGCGUCCUGAUGACCCCUGCACGACCUGUACAUGCACGGAGGGUCAGGUUCAGUGUGCGAGUGCAAACUGUCAUGUCCCCUGUACGAACCCAGCCUCUCCGCCCCCUGGAUCCUGCUGUCCUGUCUGUGACGGUUGUAAUGUGAAUGGAAGGGACAUCCUGAAUGGGAUGUGUUUGCCGCCAGGACCCCAGUGUGAGGGCAGAUGUACAUGUGAGAAUGGGAAUAUUAAUUGCGUUCGGGACCCCUGCCCACCGACUCCCUGUCAUAAUCCCGUGAGGAGACAAGGAGAAUGUUGUGAACGAUGUGAGGAGUGCAGAUAUGAGGAUGAUGUAUACACAGACGGUCAAACCUUCGUAUCCAGACAGGAUCCGUGCUUGAAAUGUCAGUGCUCGGGUGGGCAAGUGUUGUGUGAAACUACAAGAUCUUUAUGUCCAACUACGAGUUGCACGCACCCAACAAAACCACCUGGCCAGUGCUGCACUACUUGUCACAUGUGUGAAUAUGAAGGAAGGUUUUACGAAAAUGGAGCGGAUUUCAGGCCUCCCGGAGCUGGUCCCUGUGUCCAGUGUAUAUGCAAGGAGGGUAACGUGAGAUGCCACCAGGAAAGAUGCCCAUCUACAAAUUGUGCAGUCCCCACUCCUGCCCCUCCUAACGUCUGCUGCCCAGUGUGCAGAGGAUGUAUAUCAAAUGGUGUUCAGUAUGAGGAACGAGCCACGUGGACUGACGGAGACCAAAGUUGUUCUUGUGUGGAGGGGCAGGUGACAUGUAAACCAAACUGUGCACCGACCCCCGUGCCCUGCCUAAAACCCACCACUCCAGCAGGUGGUGAAUGCUGUGACCCCUGUGGGCAGUGCGAGUACAAGCAGCGUUUUUAUGGAAACGGCCAAACUUUCCAGGACCCGGAGAAUCCCUGUGUGACAUGCACCUGUCAGGAUGGUCGUGCUUUGUGUGGUAUGGCAGGCUGUAGUGGAGUGACGUGUUCUAAUCCAUACACUCCCCCUGGAGAGUGCUGCCCCCGGUGUCCAGACUGUCAGUAUGAUAACCGCAUCAUUACUAAUGGAGGUACAUUUCCGAAUCGUGAGAAUCGAUGUGAGGAUUGUGUUUGCACUGAUGGACGUGUGGAAUGUGGGAAUCACGAGUGUCCAAAGCCGAACUGCAACUAUCCCCGGCCGGGGACGUGCUGCCAAAACAACUGCAAUGGAUGUAGAUAUGCAGGUAAUGAGUAUCUAAAUGGAAUGGAAUUUCCACAUCCAGUAGACAAAUGCAGGAUGUGCCGUUGCACCAAUGGUAACGUCCAGUGUCUGAUGAAGCGAUGUCCAGCGGUGCAUUGUGCUGAUUCAUUCAUUCAGUCAGGAGAGUGCUGCCGCCAGUGUCCAGCACCCCCUGCUGAAUGCUAUGUUGAAGGACAGCUUUACAGACACAUGCAGCAGUUCCACCAUCCCAUUGACAGCUGUCAAUCAUGCUCCUGCACCAAUGGGACGAUGAGAUGCCGGCGCAGGCCCUGCCCCUCUGCCGCCUGCUCUCACCCCAUAAUUCAAGAGUGCUGUCGCACAUGCGAUGGCUGUCUGUAUAAUGGGAAGGAACACGCUAAUGGUGCUACAUUUAAGGAUGCAUCAGACCCAUGCAGGACUUGUGUUUGUCGUGACGGGACAGUCACAUGUGACAUUAAUCACUGUCAGCGCAGCGCCUGUCCUUUCCCUGUACAGGGCAAGUGUGAUGCGUGCAUGUAUGCUGGCGUGGAGUACCAGAAUGGUCAGGAGUUUGCAAACCCUGCUGAUCACUGUGGUCGUUGCAUGUGCAUGAAUGGUCAUGUGACCUGCAAUAGGAGGCCAUGUCAGAACCCGGGAUGUACUUACCCCACCACUCGGCCGGACCAGUGCUGUCCUGUGUGUGAUGGCUGUCAGUUUGAGGGAAGAGCUUAUGCAGAUGGUGAGUCGUUCCCAUCACCCACAGGAUCAUGUGAGGAGUGCAGAUGUUCUAGAGGUGAGGUUCAGUGUUCUCCUAAAAGCUGUCCCAGCGUCUCCUGCCCUAACCCUCAGCGGGACCCCUGCGCAUGCCAAGUGUGUGAAGGCUGUCAAUACCGUGGUCGGGAUUGUGGAAAUGGAGAACGCUUCCCUGAUCCCAAUGACCACUGCCAGGGCUGUAUUUGCCUGAAUGGAAGUGUAUCAUGCACACCCGUGUCUUGUCCGGAAACGCCCUGCAAGCGGCCCGUGCGUUCUCCAGGUGAGUGCUGUCCUGUGUGCACAGGGACAUGUGAACACCUGGGACAAGUGCAUGAGAACGGUGACAAAUUCAUCCCACCCAACGACCGCUGCUCUACCUGCACAUGCCUGAGCGGAGUCGUGUUGUGUGAGAAGAAGUUGUGUUCUCAGCAGUGCGCACAUCCGGUGCGCAAUAGGCACUGUUGUCCGGUAUGUGACGGCUGUCUGUUUGAAGGGCAGAAGUACAGAAACACACAGACGUUCUAUGCCCCCUCGGACCCCUGCAGGCGCUGCGUAUGUCAUAGAGGCUCUGUUAAAUGCACCACGGUUAGCUGUCCUGUGGUUUCCUGCCAGAACCCCGUCACCACACCGAGACAGUGCUGCCCACUGUGCAGAGUAUGUGUUCAACAAGGUCAGGAGUAUAAAGAAGGACAGAGCUUGACCCUGCCCACUGACCCCUGCUUAAACUGCACCUGUGUGGAUGGUGAGAUGAGCUGUGUAGGUCCUCAGUGUGCUAAACUGACCUGCAUGCAUCAGGUCACUGAUCCCGGCUCCUGCUGUCCCCGCUGCAGAGGCUGUUUUUAUGAUGGCGUCGAGCACCAUGAAGGCAGUACCUGGUUUCCAUCCAGUGGUCCCUGCAUGUCCUGUAUGUGUGUGAAUGGAGUGACCACCUGCUCGAAGGUCCACUGUCUCUCCACCUGUCUAAACCAGAUCAGCGUCCCAGGAGAAUGUUGCCCAGUGUGUGCAGACUGCGUGUUUGAAGGCCAUGUGUAUGGCCCUGGAGAGAGUUUCCACCCUUCUGGUGACCCCUGUCAGAUCUGCACCUGUGAGGUGAUGCCAGACGGGCAACAGCACUUGCGCUGCUACAGGAAGCAGUGCCCGCGUCUGGUGGACUGUCCUAAACACAAUAUCCUAUACAGCGGCUCUGACUCCUGCUGCCCUGUCUGUGCACAGCCCCUCAGUAACUGCACAGCUACCCUGAUCGGUAAUGAAGUGUUGGCCACUGAUGAUCCAUGUUUCACCUGUCAGUGCAAGGAUUUGACGUGGACGUGUAUUCAUCGGGGCUGCCCUCCUCUCAGCUGCCCUCCAGAUCAUCAGCACACACCCCCUGAUUCCUGCUGCCCCAUCUGUGAUGAGUGUGUAUUAGAGGGCGACAAAACCCACGUGCCAAACGGUCAAAGAUGGACAGACAAGGACAACGAGUGUAUCACCUGCAUCUGCAAUCAAGGGCACAUCGAGUGUGAUCUGCAGGAGUGUCCUCCUCUUGAUUGUCCGGAUGGAUCAGUCAAAGUGAAGAACCCUGGGAAGUGCUGUUUAGAGUGCAAAGGCAUCAAAGCUGUAGUGCACUACAUAGACACUGGUGCACACUGUGUGUACGAGGGACAGCUGUACAGCCACAAUGACCACUGGGAGGUGGACGAGUGUACGUCCUGCAUCUGUGUGUCCGGAGACGUGCACUGCCAAACCCAGAGAUGCCCAGCGCUCACGUGUGCCUCGGAUGAAACUCCGGCUCUGGUUCCUGGAAUGUGUUGUCCUCACUGCAUUCCCCGCCCCGCCACCUGCAUUGUGUUUGGAGACCCUCACUAUCGAACAUUUGAUGGAAAGAUGGUGAACUUCCAGGGGACUUGCACAUAUGUUCUGGCUCAGGACUGUGAGGGCGGAGACUUCAGUGUCCAUGUAUCUAAUGAGGACCGGGGACGUAGGGGAGUGUCAUGGACCAAAGAAGUGACCGUGCUUAUUGGAAAUGUUGUGGUGCAGCUGUUUCAAGACUGGAUUGUCAAGGUUGAUUAUCAACACGUCUCCCUGCCGUUUCUUAAAGAGCCGUAUGUUUACCUGGAACGCAAGACCAACACCAUCCUCCUGAACACCAAUGUUGGGCUGAAGGUGUUAUGGAAUGGCCGAUCUCAUGUUGAAGUUAGUGUUCCUGGUACCUACAAGAAGAAUAUGUGCGGUUUAUGUGGAAACUUCAAUAACUAUCCUCAGGACGACAUGAAACUUCGCAACGGACAAAUCGCCAAAUCUGAAGCAGAUUUCGGAAACAACUGGAAGGUGGGCAGUGGAAGUUCAAGUGUUCAUUGUUCUAAUGUGAAAAACAUUGAUCCAUGUAAGGAGGCCGGAUACUCCGCCCGUAAGACCGCAAACGCUCGCUGCGCAGUGCUUAAGUCACCCGUGUUUAAGCGGUGUCAUAAGGUGGUGCCACCCGAGAUGUUCUUUGCUUCAUGUGUGUAUGAUCUGUGCGCCUGCGGGUCCAAUAUGGACGAGUGUUUGUGUGACGUGUUGGAGGCUUACUCGUCCCAGUGCCGUGAAGCCGGGAUUGUCCUGCAGUGGAGGUCGCCGACACUCUGCGCCGUGGGUUGCCCGUUGGACCGUGGUUAUGUGUUUGAUGAGUGUGGGCCUCCGUGUCCUAAGACAUGUUUUAAUAAAGACGUGCCACUCGGUGUGAUCGAUGCUCACUGCUUUAAACCCUGCGUACCAGGAUGCCAGUGUCCCGCUGGACUGGUAGAACACAACUCCCACUGCAUUGCCCCUGAGAAAUGCCCUAAAAUUAUCCAUGGCAAUCUUUGAGAGCCUCAAACUGUGGAGUCGAAUCAGUUUGUCUACAAGGUCUAAAUUUGUUUUUAAUUAUCCCUGAGAUCUGAUGAACUAAAACAAGUAAAUUGGCAUUAAGAUUCAUUAGUACACAUUAUUUCGUAUAAAAACAUUUGUAAUUUUUAUCAAAAUGUAAAAACAUUUCAGCUGACAUCAUAAAUCCCUCAAACUUAUCAACCAUUGUCCUUCCAACAUCUGCCUCCACUUUUCACAAUCCAAUCAUUUCCUGAUGGAUAAAAAGUCGUUCUCAUUUUUUCUCAUUGAAUAUCCUGUUGCAUUCAGAAAUACAUCAGAUUACAAUGAGUUGCGAAUGGAGUUUUGUAUUGACUUUAAAAUGCUUGAGCUUAACGCACAUUUAAUUUUUACUUUAUAGCUCAAACCACUUAAACAAUCCUCUACUGUAUGCUGCAUUUAGUUUUUUGUAUGUUUGUUUGUUUGUUGAUUGGUGCUACUGUCUGUAAGUGUUUCUGACACUAUGUUAACCUGUGUUUAAUGGAGCUAAAUUACACAUUAUCAGUUAACAUCCACUGAUAGGAGGAUAUUUGAGCCAACUGGACAAAUUUUUCCUCUUUCUUUCACCACAGAUGCAAAGAGGAAAAAGCUUUUUUGAAUUAUCAUGAGAUUUCUUUUCUUUUCCUCUUCAAUUUGAUAUUUUUAAACAAAUUAAUGAGUUAAACAAAAUGACAAAGACAAAUCUGCAUAGUUUUUUGCACUGUUUUUGAUGGGCCUUUUUUGCUGUUGCACUGGUGUUGUGAUUAAAAAAUGUUCACUCUCUUGAAAUACAGAGUUUUGUAAGCAAUGUUAUUACACUUGAUAAUUUUAUUUACAAUACUGACAGUGAAUCUAUGUAAAAAUAGAAACACAAAAAGAGCUAAUCUGAUAUAGUGCCUUCAAAGAAUUAUAUUGAGUUAUGUAUGUUUAUAUGUUAUAUUCAUCAGGUGCAUUGACAUUUAUCAGUAUUUGUAUGUCAUAUUUAAUGUAUUCUCAUAUUUACUGUAUGUCCUGUUAUUACACCAAAUCCCAUCUUCA